GCGCUUCUUACCGCGCUUCGGGGCGGUGGAGCGGUGUAGAGGUGAGAAGAGUUAGAGGGGUACACGAGGUUUGGGUCUUUGGAAGAGUCGAAUUUCCAGACUUUACGCUCGACUUGUUACUUGUUGUAUUGCGAUGAGGUGGAAGAAGAGUGGUUAAAUCGCUUGACAAACAGUCAUUGUGCCUCGACCAUCUCGUUUUGGGGACGAGAUGGCUCGACACAUGUUUGAACCUGUGAGUUUCGUCAAACAUCACCGAUUUCCCUCUGCACGAGGGGCGACUCGGUGUGCGCCAUUGAAGGCUCAGAUAUUAGAGUUCAAGAACAGAUCCAAUUGAAUAGCUCUUCUGAAGAUCAACAGUGUUCUUUGUUGGUAGAGAUUGUUUUUGCUUCUUUUUUCGAAUGGUCAUGGGCGUGAGCAUCUCCCGAGUGUGUCUUCGCAUCAACGUGCUGGUGUUUUUGCUUGUCUCUCUGGGAUAUGUUGCACACGUGGCUCCUGAAUGGACCGAUGUGAGCAGCCAGAUCUUGGCCGUCAGCAUCCGAUCACUCUCACCAAAAGCCGUGAAGCGCAUCGAGAAUCGAAGUGCUAUAGUCAUGUUCCUGCCUUUGAAAGAUGGCUGGAUCAUUUUGGUUACAGGAAUGAGUCGCAUUCCGGAGUCCAAGGCGUGAGAACUCGAAAUUUCGAUGAUUUUCAUUGCUGAGAUUUAUGACCUGCCGCGAUCUGUGGCCGGAGGGCAUCACCACCCGAUCGGCUUUCAGGAGCACUGCCGCGGUGUUCAAUAUGCGGAGCUUGGCCUUUGUGGGAAUCUUCGAACAUUAUGCAGCUUCAGUGUGUAUGCUGCGAUUUCAACUCUUCUUGCCUCUCAACAACUGCAAUUGCCGGGUUUCUUCCGACGCCUUGCAGUUGCAUCAUGAAAGGCACAAUGUCCCAACACACGAUGCGGAGCUUCUCAGUGAUCAUAUCAAGUUGAAGGUGGCCAAGCUGUCCCGAGGAGACUGGAGUCUGUACCGCGCAGCGCGGGACGAGUUCAUGAGGCGAAUCAAGUUUGUGGAAGCUCAGUUGGGAUACCGCAUCCUUUGCACCAAGCGUCCAUGGGUGCUUGGUGAGCCCGGACGGCUUAGCUAGACGAGUUUUAACCAGCGACUUUUUCCGGGUCCCGUGGUGGUGGCCAUGGGACCAGUUUUAAGGAACUUGACGGGACUUGACGUUCGAUGUCUAACCUCCACUCGGAACGCCUCGAAAUCAUAUCUGAGGCGCCUUCCGGUUGUAGAUCUCUCGCUGCUCUCGCUUGAGGGUGCCCUUUUUGAAACUGCCUCAUGUUCGGGUGCUGGGGGUGGUCUGACAGACUCCAUCUAAUUGUGCAGAGCAAGGAGAUUGGAAAA